AUUUUAGUUUGACAGCCCUUCUUUUAAGGGAUAAGGAAUGCUAGUUAUUUCAUUAUUUAUUACAUUUAAUUACUUGCAAAUUUCUCAUUGCCAAAUAUUUAUCAGUCACUGAUGGUCCUGUCUGUCUGUGUGUCCACAUUAAGGCCAACAUUUUUGAUGGUUGACUGAUAUAAUGUAUUUUCAUACAGUGAAUAUGGUAAUGGAUUGUGCUUAUUUCAUUUUGAAUUUAAAAUAUAUUAUGAGGGUUUUCUAAAAUGUUUUCAAGGCAGUUUUAAUGUUACCUUAUGUAACAAAAAAGGUAACAUUUGUUAUAAUAAAGCUCAAUACCUGUGCUAAAAGUGUCUGAAGAAACAGCCUUGUAUUAUGUCAUUCGUGUAGUGGAAGUGACUCGCUGUCGUCAUACUUGACACCCUGCUAAACAGCCCCGCUGGUCUGUCUUCACUCAACACAGAUUUACCGGGUGGAGCUUGACAAAGUUUUGACAGUCCGUUUUUCUGAGAACCUAAGGUGUGAAAGUUGACAGAGUGACAAUAAGUCAGAGGAAAACAACGAAUCAUUCAGGAAAAAGCAGAUUCAAUGUACAGGCGUUCAGACGUAGAUGAGCACUCAUCUGAGGUGAGACAGUACAUGUUUAAGGGUUUAGGAACAGGAAGCUUUCACACUAAGGAUGAGAAUUGUGAACUUAUGGGCAAUAAUGACGGUCUGUUAGAGAACAGCAAAAUUAAGAACAAGCUAACUGAGAGUGAGCUGUCGGCUCUCGAUGAUCAACCAUCAGGCAACAAUAACCCGAAGGGGAAAGCUGCUGUUUUCAGCCGGUUGUUUAAAAGAACUCCUAAAAAGUGGACGAGUCACCCAGUGCAAGAGGAAAAACUAUCAUUACAACAUGGAGAGCUCUCAGCCCACAAUCACAACCAAACACAAAACAACAACACCAAGGAAGAACCAGCAUUGAAAAGUGAUGAUUUUCCAGGCAGUGACAGUCUUGUAAGCUAUAAUGUCACUGAGGAGGAAAAUUCCCUGUUUAAUUUUCUCAAAACAUCUCCUAGAGGAACUGGGGAUACUUAUGAAGAGGACAGCCCACCAUUACACAUUAAACUGCUGGCCAGUAAUGACAAUCUCUUAUAUCUCUCUAACAACAACUUAAAGGAUAACUCAGGGAAGCAAAGUAGCACUUUCCGCAGUUCCCCAAAACCAGCAUUACGUUUUCCUGCUGAAACGGAUCCGCUAAGUGAGCAUAGUGAAUUUACAGACUGGGAUUAUAUGUUCUUGGACACUGGCAUUGAAAAGAAAUCUAUUGCAGUGCCCAGAAAAUGUCAUGAUGAGAAACUCUCUAACAGUAAUAAGGUUGUGUCAUUUAGAGUGAAGAGAACUCUACCUAGAAUGUCCACGUUUUCAUCCAGUACCCAGGGUUCAGAUCAAGAAGAUAUGAUUGAGGAGCCUAUGGAAAUGCAGCAACUGGGGACAAAUGAGGACUGUACUUUUGAAAUCCUGCCAGUGGAGAUGGCUGCCUACCCAACAGAUUUAAAUUCUUUAGAGACAGAUGUGGAUGAUGACCUGAUGGACUGGUGGAAAACUGUUGAGGGUUGGAGUGAAUGGAAUAAAACAGCUAAUUUUCAGGAAGAAGACGAGAAGCUGGCUGUCGAGGCUGUUGCAGACCGUGUGUUCAUGGCGGCCCGUCUCUUCGUCAGCCUGUUCAACCAACGUGGAGCUUCUCUGCAACAUCGCAUUUUAGAGUUGCUUGCUCUGGCGGACACUGCUGACAGCUUCCAUAAGAAGACCGUGAGCGCAGCUGUGGGAGGGGGCGUAGCUAGUGUGGCAGGGGGCAUAGCCACCAUUACUGGCCUCAUCCUGGCACCCUUCACCUUUGGCACUUCCACUAUCGUCACUGCAGUGGGUAUCAGUGUGGCAACAGCUGGAAGCAUCACCUCAGCCACAGCUAAUAUCACGGAUGCUGUUCAGUCCAAGAUGGAUCGCAAGAAGGUGGAGAAGAUGAUCCAAGGCUACCAGAAUGAGAUCAGUGACAUCAGAGAUUGUCUGGAGUUCAUGCAAGAAGGAAUGAACACCCUGCAGGAAUGGGAUUUUAAGGGGUACUCUGAGAGUGUGGUCAACACAAGUCUUAGCCGUAACAUAAAGCAUGUAAUGAAGGAAGGUGGACGAGCAGGUAAAGCCCUUAUGAUAAACACUGAUAGGCUUAUCAACACUGUGAAAGUUCUAGGUGUUGCAGGAGGUGCUGCCAAAGCCGCCAAGGCCAUCAGUAUCACCACUGGGGUCAUGUCCACUCUCUUCCUCGCCCUGGAUGUCUUCUUUCUUGCCAAAGACUCCAAUGAACUUCACAAAGGUGCCAAGACCAAAUUUGCCUCCAAGAUCCGGGAAGUCUGCAAAGAGCUUCAACAUGGCCUACUGGAACUAAACAAAGUGAAGACUCAGCUUCAAAAGACCAUGGAUGGAAUUGAAGUGGAAGAAUAUGAGGAAGAGGAGGAGGAUGAAGACCGAUGUGAGUCAGAUCCUGUUAAACUAGCUCUGCUUGAGCAAGAAAUUGAUCAGUUGGAGGACAAACUUGACCAGAAAACUAUGCAGCAGCAAAUGAACCAAAGCAAGAGAGGAGAUUCUGAGAAAAAAUAAAUAAAAUGAGUCAA